UAUUGUAAUAAUUUGGUAAGUGAUGUUAGCAGUGGGCAAGCUCUUGCAGCUUCCUCUUCCUUCGCUUGUAAACCGUGGGCUCAGAUCUUCAAAGCCAAUUUCAAUUCGUUUUCGUAUAAAUACGUCAUCUUCUUCCCCAAUUCCCCCCAACGCAUUUUCACAAGACAAACACAAACACAAACAUCUCUCCGACAAAGUAAUGGUGGCGCUCCUCGUAGCAACCUCCUCGGACCCUGCUUCCAUCAACCCGGCCAAUGCGUUGUUGGCCAUGCCCGGGUGGCAACCCGGUCCCCAUUUCCAGGAUGAUAUGAAGAGCUUUGUGAAUGAAGGGGUGAGGGUGUUGCUCCAUGCAAAGAGCAUAGUGGAGGAGGAUGAUUUGGACAGGAGGUGGGAAGAGGUGACUGGGGAGGUUGUUAAUGAGGUCAUCUUCUUCAGCAAACACACUGCUGUGUCCAACAAACCUGCCCUCACUGUCCACCCUAUUGGAGUUCCUCAUUUACGUGAAGGUGAUGUUCCACCUCAAGGUGGCAGACCUGGAUGGGCAGCGCUGCCAAAUCCUAGGAUGGGGCCUUGGCUUCGCCUUUUGAAAAACAUUGCCCAGGCUCAUAAUCUGGUCCCUGAAUUCGAGAUUACUUUGGAGGCUACUCACCAUGGACCGUUGACAAAUAAGCCGACCAUGUUUCUAGAGAUUGGUAGUACUGAAGACUACUGGAAGAGACAGGAUGCUGCUCAAGUUAUGGCACAGUUAGUCUGGGAAGGACUUGGACUUGGAGGUGGGACAGAUGUAGGAAACUGGAGCAGGGAGAAGAAUAACAAGAAAAUUCUCCUCGGGAUAGGUGGUGGACAUUACGCACCUCGACAUAUGGAUGUAGUGUUGAAAGAUAAUGUGUGGGUGGGUCACCUACUUUCUGGAUAUUCAGUGCCAAUGGAAGAUCCAAAGCAGUCACAAGGAGAAACAGAUGUGGAGAUUGGUGGAACAUGGAGAGAGUCCAUAAAGGCUGCAUAUGAGGCCACUAAGUCUGCCUUUCCUGGUGGUGAAAUUCUUGCCCACCUAGACAACAAGAGUUUCAAGGGCUGGCAGAGGAAUGCUAUAACAGGAUUCCUUGCGGAGCAGAACAUUAAAAUUGGAAAACCAAAUAGUUUCUAUUGAGGACUGACUUUGGAGGAUAUUAUGUCAACAAUUCUGCAGAUUUUGACAGACCGUACUACAAAUUUUAUUCAGUUGACAGCAUUGUGAUAGUUAAUGAAUAGCUGAAUAUAUAUAUAUAUAUAUAUAUAUAUAUAUAUAUAUAUAUAUAUAUACACACAUAAAUUCCAAUUCUUAUGAAGAACAAACAAUAUUUAUUUACAUUAUUUAAAAUCAUAUAGCAGUACUAUUUAUGCAGAA